GCCAUACGGGACUAACCACAAUAAGGCUAGCGAUUACUUAUGCAUCGGCAGGUGGGCCUUAUGCAGAUCUAAUGUUUACUUUCCGAUCCAUUACACUCAACGUAGGUCACAGUGGCCGGCCCGUCGCGAUAUGUGUGACGGUAUGUGAUGUCGGCAGAGACGGUUCUGAUCCAAAUCCAACAUUCACCCAUCUGAAUCGCAUCUUGUGUGACACACACAUAAAAACAUGAAACAAUGAAUGCACGCCGGACUCGCGCAGCUUCGCGCCGCGAAGAAUCAUCCGAGCCUUCAUCUUUGCGCGAGGGCGCCGUUGCCAGGCAAACGAGGAGCAGUUCCAAGCGCGCCGGACCACCAUCAGAUGCCUCCCCCCAAUCCAAACACACCCACUUCAAGAUCCCCCAAAGGGGCACUCGUCGUCGUCGCCGUCGGAGUCUAGAGAGCGUUGCUACAAAUGACUUUCCUAAGAGCACAGCCGAGCACGCUAGUCCGGAUCCUCCCGUUAUGGACCCUGAGGCCACCGAAUCACCGAGAGCCGAGCAUGUGGUGUUGUCUUCCGACACAGAGAGCGAAGAUGACUCAUAUCAUAGACUCAAGGACCUACUUGACUUUGAUCUACCGAAACUAUCACGCUGGUGUGAUAGGGUGUUCGAGGCGUUGACGGCACUCACGUUUUCUGAGCCUACUAUAGAAUGGCGGAAGAAACUCAAAACGGCGAGAAAGCAUUUCAAUCUCGCGCGUCGCCCGCUUGCUGAGACGAGCGCAGCCUACAUUGACCUCGCGUCGUCCAAUUUGCCUUAUAGAGAUGAUCCACACACAUAUAAAUUCACGCGCAAAGCAAACUUGAUUUCUCUCCUACUCUCAAUCCAUGACCUACACAAAUCCGACCAUGAUGCCGCGAAUUUCUUACAGACUUUGGACGAGGAGUUUCCUGCUUGCCUAGAUUCAGAUUCCUCAUAUUUCGAAGGCACCAGUCUAGCAUAUCGUGUCAGAUGCCGCCGGUUAAUCGAACUCUUAAGAGAGGAAUUGGAGACUGAUCCGCUUGUGGUAGCAACUACCCUCUUUUGCCAACAGUCGGCCAACACUACGACAGAGGCGAUGCAACGACUGCGUGAAGGACCGUUCAGGAGCUUCGGUCAUGAGGACCAGGGAGAUUAUACGUCUUCCUCACAAUUCAAGACGCAAAUGGAUGACCUUGUCUCGAAGCUUUCUCUACCAACAAAAGCCGAGAUAGACCAGGCUUUCGAUGAAACAUAUUCACGGGACGAACUGUUCAAAGACUUGCGGUUAUUUGCCUCUGAUAUAUAUUUGCAUUUUAUUGAGACAAUAAAGGUAGACAAUCCUCCGUCGGAUAGCCGAAAUGCAAAUGAAGCCGAUGGUGUCGAACCGGGGGAACAAGAAGGCUUGUUUGUUAGCGACGACCAUCAGUUAAAUGAUGGUUCUGAUUCCGAUGCAAGCAGUGAACACGGGUAUCACCAACUCAAGACAUUAACCAAGGAGCCAAGUUUCAUUCAAGGCCCCGGUACGCUGGCUGCAGUUAGGCAAAGCGAAAGUUAUAUAUCAAAAAACCCUGAACGAGAGCAACCGUUAAAACAAAAAACUGCCAAAGAAAAAAUGACAGAGUCACAAAUUACAGAUGCUAUUCGUCGACUCAAUCCAGCUGAGGUUCUGGGUGACUCGAGUGACGACGAGGACGACGACGAAGUCGUGCCCACAGGGAAUAGGGCCGCAGAGCCCCGCUCUCGUUCUAAUUCUCAAGAAUUGGGAGUGGCGAUGAAGCGCACACGGCCCGAAGAAGAUGAUGAUGAUGUGGAUGAUUACGAUGAUUUCGAGGUCAACGAACAGGUGAUUAAUGAGUCCAGGAGACACCGGUACGAUGACCCUGACAUUGCGAGGCCCGUUCCAAAACGGUCCCGGUUUUCAGCGGACCAGGGAAAGACUGCAGGCAGAGCACAAUCCCCAGCUGCCACACCGGCGGGCACAAAUCUCACAAACGAUGACCUCGUCACGCUGAGCCGAGCGGCACGCGCCAACAAGCUCGCACACAAAGGCAGGCCUGCCCCCCAACUUCGAGAGAGAUGGAGUAGCGCCGAUACCAACCGUCUGCUUGAUCUCAUCGCCGACCCGAACAUCAACUGCUCCUGGUCGGAAAUGGAGAGACAAGGGGGCUUUCAGACGUACCGGAACCAGCAGGCUAUCCGCGACAAGGCGCGCAACUUGAAAAAGGGCUACCUCUGUGCGGACGCGAUUCUACCCAGUGGAUUCGACCUCGUCUACCUCAGCAAGAAGGAGAAAAGCGAUGUCAUUGCCUCGGGACAUAAUCCGGAUAGGAUGGAGGACGAUAUCGACGAACGCGGCCGUGUGAUUCAUAACUUGUGGAAGGACAGAUUAAUGAAAAGUUGAGCCUCUGGGUGAGAUGAGAACGACGAAGUUGCGGCGUUUCGGGGUUGGGUGGGUAUAUAUUACCUCGCCUUGGUUGGCUGGUGUUUGGAUCAAUGGUGGUGCAAAAGGGCGGUGGCGGUUCAAGCUGAUGAUAUCCAAUAUACAUAAGUUUUAUGUUUUAUUUUCUGCGAAGAAUAUGCA